UCCUCCACCUCUCCCUGUACCCCAGUGCAUGCUGGUCCUCCAGGAUCAUCGUAGUCCCUCCCAUCAUGUUUGAGUCCCAUCUCUACAUCUUCAAGACCCUGGCCACAGAACUCCACCUCCAAGGACAUGAUACUUCCAUCCUGCUGUCAGAGGGGCGCCAGGUGCCCCCCUCCCCCCACUACACCUUCCAGCGUUACCCAGGCAUCUUCAACUCCUCCACAGCCGACAGUUUCCUCCAGUCCAAGGUCAGCAACAUCUUCUCUGGUCGUCUCACGGCGUUGGAACUCUUCGACAUCCUCGACCACUACGCCCAGAACUGCGACGCCGUCGUGGGAAACAAAGAGGUCAUGACCCGACUCAAGGAUGCCAACUUUGACCUUUUAUUGGUCGACCCCAACGAGAUGUGUGGGUUCGUGAUUGCUCACAUCCUCGGGGUUCCCUACGCUGUCUUUUCCACGGGCCUAUGGUACCCAGCGGAGGUCGGGGCUCCUGCCCCUCUCUCGUACGUCCCAGAGUUCAACUCUCUCCUCACCGAUCAGAUGUCUCUAGUCCAGAGGAUUACCAACACGGCGGUGUACCUGGUGUCCCGGUUCGGUGUUCAGUACCUGGUGUUGCCUAAGUACGAGCGCAUCAUGAGGAAGCACGGCGUGGAGCCGCGGGUGGCCAUGCAGGAUCUGGUUCAGGGGAGCAGGCUGUGGAUGUUGUCUACUGAUCUGGCCCUGGAGUUCCCGAGGCCCACUCUACCACAUGUUGUCUAUGUAGGGGGGAUACUGACCAAACCUGCCAGCCCGUUACCUCAG